AUGAAAGACACAGUGGUGGGUUUGCCGGGAGACCCUCCGCUGUCAGAGAAGCCGAGAAUCCACGAGCAUGACCAGGCCCACAGUGCCCCAGCCUCGGGGGCCUGCACCGCUGCCCGAGAACGAGUCCCACUGGGACGCUCCCAGAGUCGACAUUUCAGGAAGGAGGAAGGAACGUAUUCCGGCAAACAGAAUGAGCCGGACAGGCUGAGAGUAACGGAGCACACGUUCCUCACCCGACGGGGAAACAACGCGAGCUCCAAGGGCAGCCACGCCCAGACCAGCCCCCGAGUGCCCGUGGCCGCCACGGCACCCCCGCCACCCCCGGCGCACAGACCAGGAGACUGGGCGGGGAGGCCGAGCAGGGGGCCUGGGGACCCAGGGCUGCCACGGGAAGGGCCACGCUCUUGCCCGCUUUGUUCCACCAGCCGCAGCGACGCGAGCUUCAGGAAAAGGAAACGUGCACCGGAAAGGCACAAUCGAUCCCAUUAUCAGGCCUCCAAAGCAGCUCUGCAGUGGGCGCGAGACCCCUGCCCCCUCCUCGAGUUGCCCAGAAGGAAAGCCACCCUCGGUCCUCCCAUGCUCCGGCCCCCAGACCCCAGAACCCGGAGGGAGGCCGGGGGCGCCGGCUUUCUCCGCGGCAGCUGCAGGGGGGGGGCGGCCGGCACCUGCUGGAACCUGCCCGUGGGCGUGGUGCGCGUCCCCCGAGCUUCCACGGUGCGUGCCUGGACGCAAGUCCCCAGCAGCGGCGGCCAGAGCUCCGCAGCAGGAAAACCGCCCCCAGCUCCGCGCUGCUGCCAGGCCGGGGGUGUCGGCCGGCAGGGGGGUGUUGGCCUGCGGCGCCCGGCAGCGCGGGCAAGCAAACUCCCGCUGUCCAUGUCCCGCUUCUGCGAAAACGAUCCCAAACCACCGGGCUGCUCCCGGGCCCCAGCGGGCGGCCACCGCCCCCCCACACCUGCGGCUGCCCAGGGCUCUGCGGCCGGGAGCGCCUGCGGCCUCUGCGCUCAGACACGACCCCCGAGAGGCCGCCAGCCUACCCCGGGCGCCCCUGCCCAGCGCCGUCCGCUCCCAUCAGGCGUCCGCGUCCCGGGCCGUGCAACCCGCACCCCCGCCAUCCCAAGGGCCGUGGCCCGCAGCCGCCCGCACAUGUCCCGGCCCCGCGAACCGCCCCGCACCGCCGCAGCUCUGCCUCCCCGGCGCCCCCAGCCACUGCGGCGGCCUGGCUCCACCCGGCCCCACCCGGCCCUGCGCGGCCGCACCACGGGCAGCGCGGGCUGUCACGCAGGCCGGCCCUCGAGCGCUGCCCCCGCGGUGAGCCGCGCUGCCCGCCCCGCGCCCCGCGGCCGAUGCUCCGCUAGGACAGGGCGGGAAGCGGGAGCGGCCGUGGCCUCCACAACACGCCGCGGCCUCGGCGCCCGCGCUCGGCUCCCUCCAAGCUCUGCCCCCAGGGGCUCCCGUCGGCCUCCCCGAGCCCCUGCCCCCUCCGCGUCCCCCGGCGCGGCGCUCGGCUUCCCGCCCGCCCAGGCACCGGGGCUCCCGCCACGUCCCGCUGCGGUCGUCCUGGGGCGCACGAGCGCCGGCGGCGGGCAGCGCGGCCGAGGAAGCCGGGCGGUCCCAGCAGCGGCCCCGGCUCAGGUCCACAGACGGUCGCUGGCGCGUCCCGCCCCUGCCCGCUCGCUUGCCGCCUCGGGGCUCCGACUCCCGCAGGCCGGCCCUGCUCGCCCCGGGAACGAGCGCGACUUACGUGCUCAUCGGCCGCCCGGAGGCCUCUUCGUGGAGACCCGCGAGUGUCCCGCGCCCGACUCCGCCGCGCGGCCCUGCCUCUCUGAGCCGCCGGCCGCUCUGCGUGUCGGACCCUGGAACAGCCGGCCUCGGCCCACUGGGCGACCCAUCAGGCACACGCCGCCGGGACACGUGCCCCGGGCAGUACAGGCGCGUCAGGCUCCCGCCCCGUCAGGUGUCCGGUGUCCGUCCUGCCAGGGCGCGACUCCGCCAGAGGCCGAGGCGGCCAUGCAGUCCUGCGGGCCGCAAGGCAGGACCAGAGGCCGGUGCGCCCAGGCAUCCCUUGUCUACACAGACGAGGGCGCACAACCGGGGGUUGACGGGGUGCGCAGGGGCCUCUCCGUGCCGCCCGCUGCGGACACUCUCGUCCAACCUCCGUCUUCUCGGGGCCCAGGAGCCUCGCGGCGCGCGCAUCCGACGGCGCCUCCCGCCGGCCGAAGCAACGUCCCACUGGCUUCACGCGCCCGAGCGGGGCCCGCGGUUGCCCACCAAGCGCCCCGCCUCUCCCGGGACCGCGCCGCACCAGGCGGCCGCGCCAGCCCCCGCCGGGAGCGCCUGCCCCGGGGCGAGGGUUCCCCACGGGCCUUCCCGGAAGCGGGAAGCUCGGCUCCGUCUGCAGACCCAACGCCCCUGGGAAGCGGCUCUGCCUCGCGUCCCAUGCCAAGGGCAGGCCAUGGCGCCCCGCCCAGGCCAUCCAAGACGAGGCCACGACUGGCGAUGCAGAACUUCACCCCAGCGGGCUGCGUCCAUUCCGGCUCCCCAGUUCCAACGCACAAGAGCCCACAAGCGCCGGUGGCGCGGCUGGAAGAGCAUCCCCGAGGCCGGAACUCUGGGCGGGACACGUCUCCCACCGCAGCCGCUGCCCUGGGUCUGAGCUCGCAGUGCCGCAGAGACACCAACACCUUGUCCGGCGAAGGCCCGUGA